UGGCUGCUACCAUGGGGCGGGUGGAUUUCUAUGCUCUGUGGUCUGUUCUGGACACACCUCGACAAAUGAUUAGUAAGAGAGGGCAGAUGAGCUACCAGUUGCCUAUCCCUCUGCCCCUUCCCAAACAGCUGGUCCUUUUCAGCCUUGGUGACUGGAGCUCCUACACCAUUGACACCAGAAUCUCUGCCCAGCUCGUUACAGGAGGAAUUCAACCCCAGUAUCUAGGGAACCUUUCAUCUGACUGCAGGUGUCUCGUGUGGGAAGGUGAGUGGAGCGUGGACAUCACAGAGGAAUGCGUCAAGAUGGCAACACAAGGAAUUCCAGCAAAAUUACUCCUCACGGUGCUGAAAAGUUCAGGCUUCAGUAGCAGCACUCCAGCUAAAAGACAACUCCGUGUGGGUCUCCCAAGUUCACCUUUGCUGUCGGAAAGUACUAUUGUACCCGUGAGACUCUUGGACAUGGCUCUGGAGGACAAGGUUCAGUGUUCGGAGGUUGCUCAACAGGCAACUGAGGAAAUACUGAAAGAUUCUCCACCUCUGAAGAAGGCACAAUCUGUUCUUCCACCCCAUACUAAAGAGGAUGAAGCUGGGGGCCUCGAAACCCUCAGAAAGAUGAGUUGCAAGCAAAGAAACCCCCGUAGACUUCGUUUUGGUAUGAAGGGGUCCCAGGGAGGAUCUCCAGUGUGCCCAUCUGUACGUACAGGUCACAGUGUGUGCUUGUGUGACCCAGAGACUGCAAUCCUAAUUGGUGGAGAGGGGACCAAUGAGCAGCCGUGUGAAGACUCUCUUUGGAAAAUGGAGUUGGACAGUGAAUUCUGGGUUCCGAUGGAUGGCAUUUGCCAAGGCUCGUCCCCUCUCUCAUCCAGGGGCCACUCUGCAACCUUUGACCCCGAAACCAAGAAAGUGUAUGUAUAUGGAGGGAUGCGGGAGAGCCGCAGGUUCAGCUGUAUAUAUGUCUUGGACACAUUAGACUGGAAGUGGACAUUGGUGACAGCUAUGGGCAAGGUCCCCACAUUGUCCUUUCACAGCGCCAUUAUGUACCAGCGAGAGCUGUACGUCUUUGGCGGUCUUUGUCCCCAGCCUGGAACAGAGUUGGGUUCGAGCACCAACUCUCUGUAUAUUUUCAACCCUGAAUAUAAGAUCUGGUACCAGCCUAUGGUGAAGGGGGUCUUGCCGCUGGCCAGGUUUGGCCACACUGCAACACUGCUCGGGAAACAUGUUGUGAUAUUUGGGGGCAAACGAACACCUUCUCCAAUUUACCUGAAUGAUGUACACAUACUGGACUUGGGUUACAUGGAGUACGCACCAGUAUCUUUAUCAGUUAAUGCUGAGAAGCCAGCUGCCCGCUGUUUCCAUGCAGCGAUGCCAGUCUCUGAUGACAGGGUGCUGAUUCAUGGCGGAUCUUCAUCACUUGGCACCCUUGGAGAUGUCUUCCUUUUCAGCCUGGAAAAUUUAUCUUGGAGUCCUAUAAAGUUUGGGGAUGCACCUGAACACUCUCGAUAUGGUCACACUUUGCUAAAUCUAACCUCCUCCCACCUGACUGACUCUGACAAAGAGAAACGCAAGGGACGCAGCAUUUGCAGCAUCAUGAUUAUAGGAGGUUCUAAUGUCUCUGGAAACUACUACUGUGAUAAUCCCAAAUUUCUGAUAGAUGUUACUCCCUGA